AUGAGAGAAAGAGAGGGGAAAAGAAUUCUGAUCACUUGUUUGGCAUAUGCUUAUGUGGAUGGAAUAGGCUGCAUGAUUUGGGGAAAAGAACUUAUUGACCUCCAAGAGUUUGCCCGUGGUGGAGAGCAACUAUACAUUCGCCUCGCACAUUCCCAACUUGAUAAGAGGAGGAUGCUAACGGGAGCCCAUAUUGCAAUUAUUGUCUCAGCGACAUUCGGCCUGAUUCUUAUUGUUUGCACUAUAUAUGUAUUGAAGAUCAGGAAAAAAGGCAUUGGGAGUUUAGUCCCUUUUCGCAUAGCUUCAAAACACUCUUCAGCAACAAAUUUGCUUCAUAACAGUUUUACUCAAGGUAGAAGUACAGAAUUACCAGUUUUCAGCUUCAAGUGCAUAGAAGCUGCUACUAAGAACUUUUGCUAUCGAAAUAAACUUGGAGAGGGGGGAUUUGGACCUGUAUACAAGGGGGUAUUAGCAAAUGGACAAGAGGUUGCUAUUAAACGACUUUCGAGGAGCUCAGGACAAGGCAUUGAAGAGUUCAAGAAUGAGGUUACACUGAUUUCUGGACUUCAACACAGAAACUUAGUCAAACUGAUGGGAUUUUGCGUUCACGGGGAGGAAAAGUUGCUGAUCUAUGAAUACAUGUCCAACAGAAGCUUAGACGUUUUCAUAUUCGGAGGAUCAAGAUCUAAUGAUAAGGCGGCAUUGAGUUGGAAUCAACGAUAUAGUAUCGUUGAAGGGAUAGCUAGAGGUCUUCUUUAUCUGCAUCGUGAUUCACGACUAAAAAUCAUUCACAGAGAUCUUAAGACAAGCAAUAUUCUGUUAGACGAAGAUAUGAAUCCCAAAAUCUCAGAUUUUGGAAUGGCUAGGAUUUUCGGAGGGAAUCAAACUAUAGCAAAUACCAACAGGAUUGCCGGUACCUAUGGUUACAUGUCCCCUGAAUAUGCAAUACAAGGAUUUUUUUCCGAGAAGUCGGAUGUCUUCAGUUUUGGUGUCAUAUUGUUAGAGAUUAUCAGCAGUAAAAGAAACAACAGCUAUUGUCACUCUGAAGACUCUCUCAACCUCCCGGACCAGGCAUGGCAACUGUGGAAUGAAGGCAAGAUACUCGAGUUUCCGGAUCCAAAGGUGUUUGGUUCACUUGAAACACCAACACAAGUUGUUAGAUGCAUCAUUGUGGGAUUGCUUUGUGUGCAAGAACAUGCAAGUUACAGGCCAAAUACAGCUACAAUUGUUUCCAUGCUCUGCAGUGACACACUUCUUCCUCCGCCUAAGCGGCCGGCAUAUAGCAGCAGAGGCUCUGAUGAUCCAAGCAUUUCACCUUGCUCCAGAAAUUCCAUUUCUAUUUCAAAUGUUGAAGGACGUUAACUUCAAUUUAUCUGUUUGGGACCUUCAAUGUGAUUUACUAUCCUUGUCCCUUGUCCUGGCAUAAUACAUGAAUAAUAUAUACCAUUUAACUUGACAUCAACUGACAUCUAUGCUCUCCAACUUUCAGUGUACACAAGUAGGUACUUAAACUUGUAUAAAGUUGAGCAAGUAGACACACAUGUCGUCCUACAUUGUGUACACGUAGGACGCCACGUAGGACACAUGUGUAUAUAAAGUGUAAGUGUCUAUUUAUGCAUACACAAAGUUUGAGGACAUAGAUGUCAGUUGAGGCCAAGUUGAAGGACACAUUUAUGUAUUAUGCCAUCCAACUCUGAAUCCUUCUUUCUUUAGAAUGUGGUCAUUUGUGUUGGUGGAAAAAUGCAUUUGAUGUCAAUUUCUAUAGUAGUGACUUUAUAUCCAAGGAUGAUCACAUGGCGUAUUCGAACCAAUCACGUACUUUAUUGAGAUAGACGAAAUUCUCCCUCUGAGAAUCGUGUAUGAGACUUUCAUUUCGUAAAACUCGAGCAAAAACACCCAAACACUAGUUGCAACGGAUAUGGGGUUCCUUGGUGAUGGUCUUGUAUAGCUGGUUAGAACAGAUGUAUGU